AAUUACUUGUUAAACCGAUGGAAGAUUGAAUUAUAGACCAGAUUCGUGGGCAGUUGUUGAACUGCUCUUCCUUUAACUGGUUGCUAGUGAGCGGGCUGUGCUGUCCCCAUGUUAGUAGCAGCAGCAACAGAAUGGAGGUGGCUGUGGAAACAGCAAGCUGCAGAGAAAUCUUUAUGCAUCAGAGCCUUGCUGUGCCCCCUCCCCCUCUCUGAGUAGGUUUUACAUGUACGUUCUGGAGUCAUCACAGAGAGAAUAGGACACACAAACCCACAGCAAAACCCACACAGGCAAAGCUGAGAACUCUUCAGGAAGCUGACUUGAACUAAACCACUUGCUUAUUUUUCAUCACAUUACGUCUUUCUCUGCUGCCCCAUCACCAGAUGAACUAAACUCAGUCUCUUACACCGGGCUUAUUUGGAAGUGCUAUUUCCAUUAGUGCAUGGCAUAGGAGUGGUGCUUGACCAUCUGGAAGAGGCUGUCUUUAACACAAAUUUGUCAUAAGGAAAAUAUUUGCAGAGUGGAAAGCAAGAACAAAAGGGUGUUACAGCUGAAAAUGGGAAACAAAGGCUAUUUUAUCCGAUAUACAGUGUACCAGAACAAUUUUACAUGGCACAACAGAUGAAGUUCACCGCUAUUCAGGAAGCUCGUUUUACUCACUGAAGCAUUUGUCUGAUAGCAUCACACAGUUGUGUGGGAGAGAAGGGGAUUUUGUACUCAAGUGAAACUCUCGGGUCUUGAGAAGUUAAAGAAUCUGGAUGAAUUCCUACUGAAUGGAGAUUAUUUCAAAAGGUCCCUGGGAACUCUCUUUCUCUCUCUACGGCUCCUGCUCUUCCUGAGUUGAAACGGUGUGUUUUGAGGUGGAAUUUGAGAAAAUGCUGGAUUCAAUCAAGUGCGUGCUGGUGGGAGAUACCGCCGUGGGGAAAACAUCACUCUUGGUACGUUUCACCUCUGAGACUUUUCCCGAUACCUACAAGCCCACAGUGUAUGAAAACACAGGGGUGGAUGUCUUCAUGGAUGGUGUGCAGAUUAGCCUAGGCCUUUGGGACACAGCAGGCAGUGAUGCCUUCAAAGGCAUCCGCCCCAUCUCAUACCAACAGGCUGACGUGGUGUUAAUGUGCUACUCAGUGGCCAACCACAACUCCUUUUUAAACCUGAGGAAUAAAUGGAUUGGUGAGAUCAGAAGCCAUUUGCCCCGAAUCCCCGUUUUAGUGGUGGCCACUCAGACUGACCAGCGGGAAGCAGGACCCCAUCAUUUGUCCUGCAUCAGCUCAGUUGAUGGGAAGCGGUUGGCCCGGGAGGUCCGAGCUAAAGGCUACUUGGAGUGCUCUGCUCUCAGCAACAGGGGAGUGCAGCAGGUAUUUGAGUAUGCAGUCCGGACUGCAGUCAAUCAAGCCCGAAAACAGAAGAGGAGGAAACUCUUCUCCAUUAAUGAGUGCAGGAUCUUUUGAAGUCCCUUUAUUACUCUAUUAGCUGCAUUACUUCUUCCCUUGCACAGAAGUACAUCAGCACAGAAAAUUGAAGGUGAGCCAAGAAAGGACCUCUGGUAGGAUCACCAUGCUAGUGUUCCUGAUGGGCCAGAUGUAUUUGCUACCUGACUUGGCUUUUCCCUUUCCAUGAAUAAUGCACAUAAAAAGUGCAGCUAACUUUCCUUUCUCCACAAAACUGAAAAUGAGCUAUUUUACUCUAGGCUAUCUGGUCACAGAGGACUGGAGUGAGCCUGAACUGGAGACUUAUGGAUAAUAUCUAUGUUCUUUAAUUUUUCAUUUCUGUUGUUGGUUUAUUUGUCCUCACUUAUUUAAUGAUAGAAGGCCUCUGCUUUGCCUGAAAUCCCUGCUGACAUAACUUCCAAUGCUGACUCUAAGAACUUUGUAUAUAUAAUCUGAUUAUUGUGUAUUUAAUUUAAAAAGACAGUUGUACAUUUUGUUUUAAACUCCUCUAAUAUAGUUUUUCUCUAGCUAA